CACCUUUUCUUUCUCCGCAGUUGUCCAGAAAAAUGUGUUUUGAUUGAAUAAUCACCGGUUUCUAGCAGAAAAAAAUUUUCAAACUACUUUAAAAUACUAGUGAAAUAAUAAACUUCGUCAACCCACCAAGUGAAAAUGAACCAAGCCGAAGUGGCUAAACUGAUGUCGCAGCUGAAAAUAGCCGUCCGGCCGCGCCAUCGCAAUCUGAAAAACAUCGACGGGCCGGAGGGUCGGCUGGACAAGUUGCGCAAAACCGUCACGGCACUGAUCAAACACGAGCGAAUCGAGCUGAACUACCAGCGGGCAGAUGAGGCUCGUGCUUACGCCGAACGACUCAUUUCCGAUGCCAUCCGGUACGGGGACCGGCACCAGCCGACGAUGGAGAUGGCCGACUACUGGCUGACGGAGAAACAGCUGGUGCACAAACUGUUCAAGGUGCUGGCGCCGCGCUUCGAGGAGUACAAAGUGUCCGCCACGAGAAUGUACAAAGCACCGAAGGAGUACCCCGGAUGGUACCGGAAGCGAGCGGUGCUGGAGCUGCGGGGUAACCCGUACCCGGCGUUGGUUCCGAAUUUGCACCAGAACCGAAGCCUGCUGCACAACGUACUGCUGGACGAGGCUCGGAAGGAUUUCCGGAAGGAAAAAUAUGCCGAAAUCGCUGCCCAGAUAGGUGAGCAAGCCAAACAAACUACCAGUGAAAGUGAGGGUGGAAAGAAGUGAGUCGGGAAAGGAGCGGAAUAAAAAAUAGAGCUAAUACGAAUGCAGGAAA